CCAACCCGACCAUUCACUUUCGACAGCUCUCUCUCUAAAUUCUCCAUUUUAUUCGUUUCUUUACAUUCCAAAAGUACAGUCGUUCUUCAGCACUGCUAAGCAAUCGGCAAAAGCCAAAAAGCGUUCACAUUCGUUCAUUUUCGAAAACAAAGGUUAUCAGCAAAAGGAUGAUUGCCAAACUUACUGAGGACCAGCGUACGGAGCAGCUGAAGCCGCUGUUCGCAAAUGGCUGGACAAUGGUUGAGGGGCGCGACGCCAUAUAUAAGGAGUAUCUAUUUUCGGAUUUUAAUGAAGCUUUCGGGUUCAUGACGCGCGUAGCGCUAAAGGCUGAUAAAAUGGACCAUCAUCCGGAGUGGUUCAACGUGUACAAUAAGGUGCAGGUAACCCUAGCUACCCACGAUUGCGGUGGAUUAAGUGAGCGAGAUGUGAAACUAGCUCAGUUUCUCGACAAGGUCGCUACUGUUGCUAAGUGAAGCGAAUAUGAGAACCUACGAAGGCGUGGAAAUCUAGAGGCAGACAUAUGAUUGUUACAACAAUAAGACGGUUGGGAAAUAAAUCGAAUGCGAUCAGAUCGCGUUGUCUUAA